GUUGCCUGGUGCUGCUUGCGCUCCAGUCCCAGAGCUUCCCAAACACCUCAUCCGCGCCCUCAACCAACUCUCUCUCCCUCCCUUCUCGGACCCUCUACGUCUGCUGUCACCCCAAUUCUCCUUUGUCCAUUGAUUGGAGCCGUGUUUGAUCGUGCUAGGCGAACAUCCGGCCUUAUCAGUACUUCCGGUGCUUAACGGGACGACCAGGUGUCUCCCCGCCACAACAGUCACACUUCUGAGCACACGAGCAGCAGCUGGCUUCACCGGCUCACUUAGGCUCCUGAAUACACAACACAAUGAAGGCCAUCGCUUCGCUCGCCCUGAUUGGCGCGGCGUCCGCUGCCGUCACGAACAACCAGCAACCUCUCAAGCUCCCCGAGAUCAUUGGCCAGGCAGCCUCCUCGUGGGACAAGCCGCUGCACAAGCUUGAGGAUGCCCUCAAAAGCCUUACAGCUGAGGCCCAAGCCGUCUGGGAUGAGGUUGCCAUGAUGUUUCCUGAAGAAAUGAGCAAGGCCAACUUCUUCUCAAGCCCGAAGCCCCAUGUUAAGCGCCCAGACGGCGAAUGGGACUACAUCACGAAGGGCGAGGAUAUCCAAAACAAAUGGGUUAUCAAUGCCCAGGGUGUAAAGGAGAGGGAAAUUGAUGGCAAAUUGAGCAACUAUAAUUUGCGCACAAGGGCGGUUGACCCCAGUAGCCUCGGUGUAGACACCGUCAAGCAGUACUCUGGCUAUCUCGAUGACGAGGAAGAGGACAAGCACCUCUUCUAUUGGUUCUUUGAGUCUCGAAAUGACCCCAAGAACGAUCCUAUCCUGCUCUGGCUUAACGGCGGACCAGGCUGCUCCUCCCUCACUGGCCUCUUCAUGGAGCUUGGCCCCUCUUCGAUCACAAAGGACGGCAAAGUCAAGUACAACCCGUCGUCCUGGAAUGCCAACGCCUCAAUUAUCUUCCUCGAUCAGCCAGUCAACGUCGGCUACUCUUACUCUGGCAACAGCGUCUCAAAUACCGUCGCCGCCGGUAAGGACGUCUACGCUCUGCUUACACUCUUUUUCAAGCAAUUCCCCGAGUAUGCAGAGCUCGACUUCCACAUCUCGGGUGAGUCGUAUGCAGGCCACUAUAUACCAGUGUUCGCACACGAGAUCCUCUCCCAUAAGAAGAGGAAUAUCAACCUGAAGUCCGUGCUUAUCGGUAACGGUUUGACCGAUGGGCUUACUCAAUAUCAAUACUAUCGCCCAAUGGCCUGUGGUGAGGGCGGAUACCCUGCCGUUCUUGAUGCCCAGCAGUGCGACGCCAUGGACAACGCCUACCCACGCUGUGCAUCUCUCAUCCAAGGUUGCUAUGACUCUCAGUCCGUUUGGCGCUGUGUGCCUGCUGCAAUUUACUGUAACAACGCAAUGAUUGGCCCAUACCAACGCACCGGUAUGAACCCAUAUGAUGUGCGCGUCAAGUGCAAGAACGGAAACCUGUGCUACGACGAGCUCGAUUGGAUUCAGGGUUACCUUAACCGCAAGGAUGUCAUGAAGGCACUUGGUGCAGAAGUCUCCUCGUAUGAGUCAUGCAACUUUGAUAUUAACCGCAACUUCCUAUUCCAGGGCGACUGGAUGAUGCCCUUCCACCUUCUUGUUCCGGAUCUCCUCGCAGAGAUCCCUGUCCUCAUCUAUGCCGGUGAUGCCGACUUCAUCUGCAACUGGCUCGGCAACAAGGCCUGGACCGAAGCUCUUGAGUGGCCAGGCAAGAAAGCGUACGGUAAGGCCUCGUAUGAUGACCUCUUCCUGUCUUCGGAUAAGAAGACCAAGAUCGGCAGCGUCAAGAGUGCUGGCAACUUCACUUUCAUCCGCAUUUCUGGCGGCGGUCAUAUGGUGCCAUACGACCAGCCGGAGGCAAGCCUAGACUUCGUGAACAGGUGGACGAGCGGUGAGUGGUUUGCGUAGACGAGCCGAGGUGGGGUUUUGUAUCUCGUCAAUGGAGUAACGCGCAUGGUCGCAAUCGUAGGGGAAGAAUUUAGAUUGUACAGUCUAGGCAGAUGCGCUACGGAAGCUUUUUUACUGUUACUUGUUCUCUCAUCCGGUACAUAGUGUAAAUCGGCGUUUAUAUCGUAAGAGCAAUCUGUUGUACAG